GUGUUGUUGGAGACUCAACACCAACCCCGCAUCACCCCGCGACUGGCUCACCGCCCGUCUUACACAAUAUCCCAUAUACUCUCCAAGAUCGCUCGCGUUUUCUUUGAGCCUUUCCACACUCGCCUAUUCUCUGGAUCGACACUGUGAACCAACAACACCCCACCAUCCCACUCGAUCGCUUCACUACACCCAACCAUGCCACCCGCCGACUUCUGGGACGAAGAAGACGAGUGGUAUCACUCCGAUAGGCAUUUCGCCGGUGCCCGCCAUGUCCGCCCGCAUCUUCGCGCUCGAGACGACGGCUACGGCCGCCGUAGCGAGCUGCUGACCCCAGACCAUACCCACACUUAUAGCAGUGGCCUUCACCGUACCCGCUCCGUGGGACAUUCCCCCGCCCCCAACGUGACCAUCUACAACACCACCCGCCUCGACAACGAAAGCAACCCCAAUGUGCGCACUCAACAGCGCAGCCCAGGCCCGAGUACGAGCCCUCGUGGCCGACCCCUCAGAAUGGCCGAUGAGUGGGCCGUCGAGGACGAGCUGGCUCAGCUGAGACUCGAGGUCGCUCGAAAUAGGCGGUCCCGAUCCCGUUCAGCACACUACCACCGGGACGAGUCUCCCGGCUACCACCACGACCACCACAACCACGAGUUGGAAAGAUAUCAGAUCAAGAUGAUGGAGGAGCGUCUCAGGGAACAGCAAGAGCGUGAGCACCAAGAGAAACGCGAGGAACUGAUCAAGAAGCGCAUAGAGCUCAAGCUCCUCAAGGACAAGCAAGAGCGCGAGGAGGAGGAAGCACGCAUCAAGCUCGAAGAGGAUCGCCUCAAGAAGGAGUGGGAGUUGAAGAUGGAGAAGGAGGCGCGGGAGAAGGCACGAAGGGAGCAGGAGGCCGAAGAAGAGCGCAAGCGGAUCCUCCUCGAGGAAGAGAGGAAGCGGGAGAAGAAGGCCAGAGAGGCCGAAGAGGAGCGUAAGCGCAUCAUUAACGAGAAUCAGCUGGCAAUGGAACGGGCGCAAAAGGAGGCGGAAGCGGCUCGCCAGGCCGCAGUGGAUGCCUUCAACAAGGAGCAGGCCGAGAAGGAGAGGAAGGCCCGGGAGGAACGCGAGAGAAUCAUCGCCGAGUACGAGCGCAACAAGGUCCUGGAUGCGGAGAAGGCCAAACGUCAGCGCGAGGAGCUCAUCAUGCAGCUCCGCAUCGAAGAGGAGAAGCGCAAGAAGGAGGAGGAGGAAGAGUACCAGCGAUUCCUGCAGAAGCAGAAACAGAAGGAGGAAGAGGAAAAGGCGAAGAAGGCGAAGAAGGAGCAGGAGCUCGAGGACGCCAUGCGCAAGCGCCUGGCCCAGUUCGGCUUCCAGGAGAACCAGAUCCAGGCCAUGAUCAAGCCCGAGGAGCAGGCUAAGCUCCAACAGCAGCAGGGCAUGACGCCUAUGAAUCCGCUUCCGCGACUCACGCACCAGCCUACCUACGUGAAGGUGCACAAGGAGCAUCUGUCCAUUGAUACCCUCCACUACUAUGACAUCCCUUACGAAAUUGAUCGCGCUGAUCCCAACUACAUCAUCAUUCUGCGCGAGAUGGAUAAUAAGGAAACCGAGAUCCUCUUCGAACAUACCCGCCGCUUGCGCACCCGCGGAACCAGCCGCCUCCUCAUCGAAGAGCGCCAUGACCACGGCAAACCAGAGUACGCUUGGGUGCGCCGCAGGAAGCAGUCGAGGUCUCCGUCGCGUCGUCGGUCGUCCCCAAAGAGAGUCGUGGGAAUCAAGGAGAUGUUCUUUUGAGGCAAACGUUGCGCGCUUGCGAUAUGACGGGCUCUUACCCACUUGCAGUUCCCAAGCGGUUGGUUUCCGAGCGCAACAUGGAAUGUGAUGAAGACGAUGGAGUAACGUUUCCCUUUUUGACUUUCAAGAGGUUUUCUUUCUGUUGUUGA